AUGUGCAGCCAGACUCUUGGGUCGUGUUCGGGGAGUUGUUGCCGUCAGGUCGGGAACAUUAUUCAGAGCAUUUCCCAUCACAUCUGGAAGAUCCUGAUAGCUGUUGCUGCUGCGGUUUGGAUACAGAGUAUUCUUGGAACGAAAACUGCUGUGCAGUCUCUUCCAUACUUGUUGAUCUGUCCAACUCCAUGUCUAUAUCUUCUUGAUACUGGUCAAUAUUCCCUAAUUGUUGUUGCUGUUGUUGUUGCUGGGGAUGGGAGUGGUAUUGGCUGUGACGACGGUGGUGAGCCUGAUAUGAUUCAACAUGGUAUUGUCGUUCUUGUUGUAAGAAGAUUGGUUGAGAUGCUAUAUGCAGCUGUUGUGGUUGUUGAUGAUACGGGUCAAUCUGAUGUUGGUGUUGAUAAAAGGGUGCGGAAGAGGAAGAGGAAGAUGGAUGUAAGGACGAUCUUUUGUUCGAGUACGAAUCAGGAGCCGAAGUCAGUUCUCCCGUUGCGAAGGAGGUCACUGUCGCCUGGAAGGGCUGAUGUUGAUACUCAUACUCCAUUGAUUGACGAGCCAACUUUUUUUAUUUUUUUUUUAUUUUUAUGA